AUGGUCAAGUUCAUCAAGCCGGGCAAGGCCGUGAUCGUUACCUCGGGAAGACAAGCAGGUCAUAAGGCCAUAAUCGUUCGUUGCUAUGAUGAGGGCGGUAGCACCCGCAAGUUUAACCACGCCCUCGUUGUCGGCGUCGAGCGGUACCCCCUGAGAGUCACACGUGAGAUGAGCGAGAAGCGUAUCGCGAAGCGGUGUCGAAUUCGACCUUUUGUGAAGUUUGUGAACUACGUGCACAUGCUGCCGACGCGGUAUAAUGUGGACUUUUACGACGAGCUCCGUCAGGUGCUACCGGAAACGCUCGGACUGGGCACGGCGGACGACCCCUGGACCACCCUGGAGAGUCGACGGAGCUGUCGCAUCGCGGUGAAGAAGAUCCUAGAACAGAAAUACCUGACGGGAAAGUAUCGAUGGUUUUUCACUAAACUCCGGUUCUAA